AUGACCUCGCUCCUGGACAGAAUCGAGGACCUACCCCCUGAGCUGCGGCGCAUGAUCUGGAAGGUCUCCAUCGACAACAUCGAGAGGCAAGAAUUGGAAGCGUGCAACAGUCUGAGUACCUACAUUCAUUCCUGGAUCUUCAAGCUCAAGGAUAAAUGGAUUCUUCAGGAACAACCCUCCUCAAUUCUUCACCACCAGAAACAGUGCAUGGCUAGCAGGCAUCCAUGGAUCGAGUCUGGCUGCGGUACUGAAUAUCUGGAAGAGCUCAUAGCCACUCAAGACGUCAUAUUCGGUGACAGCCAUGGCCUGUUUCGCUACAGUACCUCAGAAUCUCUCAAGAUAGCAGCCAGCGUCAGAAAAUGGAUACGAGUGCUGGAAGCUUGCGGCUUGACUACUACUAGACGGACUGGGGUCAAGGUAUAUGCCAUGGGGAACACGGACCCAGACUACCUACCUCUGCUCAAGUCGCUUAUGAAAACUGCAUACCAGUGCGAUUCAACGAAAGUUUUCUUCGAAGCCUUUAGUUUUUCCGGGUAUGCAAGAUUCAACGCGAUAUGCACUUUGGGGAAUUCCACAUCGUCGCGACAAAGACUACUGCCUGCCCUCGCCGAGAAGGAUCGCGAGUUCAAGGAAGCGGUCAAGAAAGACGAAAUGCACUUGAUCGCCCGGGAGUGUUUCUGGGACGAGGAAAUCCCUGGCGCCAUGGCAUCACGCGAUGCAAAGUGGAAAAAGUUUAUCGAAACUACUCGAGAGUAUACGGAGAAGCUGCUGGAUAUGUUGGAGGGCUUGGAAGAGAAUUCAGUGUUGUUGUCCGACUUUCAUGCAGAUGAGGACAGAUGGCCUGAUGCCCACGGUCCUGAGAUCGCGGAUUCAGAAGACGAAGGGCUUUUGUCUGAGUAA